AUGGCACAGAAAGGAACGCGCAUAGGACCGCUGCCUGGGGGUCGCCGGGGCGCGUGUGGAGCUGGCGCUGGACGCGGCAGCAUGCGGGCCGUCAGCCGAGCGCGAGGAGCGGCACGAUCACCUAGCAGCCCCUCGCAUCCAUCAUCCCCACCAGAAGGCUUGGUGUCGGCUGGGUCUUCUCGGACCCAGCAAGCGGCACCCGCCGCUGGUGGAGCACGUUGCAUGCGUUGGACAAAAUCCAUGAACGAAAACGCAUUGCGGGCGUACUAUAGGGCGAAAGGCGAAGAAACUGUGGGAAUAGCGUAUAGGUCUCGGAUGCAUUGCUUUUUUGCUGAGCUGGAGCCGUCUAUCUCCGUCACGGAACAAAACCUGGCAGACCGAGUUCGGUACAUCAUGCGCUCGAAAAUAUUUGAUGAUGCCGAACUCGAACGACUACGACGUGAGGCUAUUCCGUCGUCGAAUGAGAAUCGGCUAUGGCUGGAGAUGCGGCGCCACAUUCGACAGACCAGCAUCCACACGUGGAAGCCGCCAUGGAUCUUCCAGUUGUGGUUGAUUCAAACGACGAUGAAAUAG